CAAGCAAAAGGGCAAUGCCGUCUACGACGCCCCAGGCUGUGACAUGGUCACAGGAGGUUGGGCGGGCGGCGAACGAAAGAGAUGAUACGGGAGGAAGACGAGGAGCGGAUGAAAGAGAGAGAGCCCAGUCUGGGAGGUUCAGGACAGGGCGCGGCUGUUGCUGGCCAGGCCCCUCCAGGUACCCGAGCUGGACCACAGCCCAAGUUCAGGUUAGUGCCGGGCUGGACAACGCAUCAAGCCAUCCCAUCCAUCGCUCGCCUUGCGCCAGACCAGGGCCCGAGGUCAAGGUUGCCAGCCAGUCCGUCACCCAACUUUUUUUUCUUGGGCGCACCCGGCCUGCCGGGUUGGGGGCGACGCCGAUCUGCAGGCCCCGCGGCUGAUCCGAUGCUUCGAAAUUCAAGGUCGUUCUGGUAGGUGAGCCAGCGUGGUCAAGAGGGGUUGUCGGCAGGGCUUGUGCAGGCCACGGCCUGCGCUGUGUGCAGCCCACUGUGCGGCG